ACCGACUUCAACUUGUUCAUUUAUUCUACUUGUACCAAUUUUCCAAGUUGAUUGCGCAUCGGAAUGGGAGAGCGUGAGGUCAACCUACCGCAACUAUUCUCCGACGUUUCACGAACCAUAAGCGGUAUUUCGAACAUCAUGGGUGCUGGAGCAGAAGCAUCCGGUGAUGGGCCGGGAGUUGGUGGAAGUAGCAGUGCUGGUGGUGGAGGUGGACCUUCAAUAGCUGGUAAUAUUUUUGGUAACACAUGUUUCAAGGCCUGUGGUAUGGAAGAUAUUCAAUUUGCUGCAAGGGCUGCGGGUGAAAUGUUUUCAACAAUAAAAAUGUGCGUUCUUAUGUCUACAAUCAUUUCACUUCUCCUCCUGGUACUUCUUUCUACUGCUCUUCUUUAUUUCAUGUGCUCUUACAAUCAGAAUUGCAACAGCUGCACCAAAUUCUCCCUACCUUCAUUUUUCAAACGUGUGACUUCUACUCAAAGCCCGGUGACAGCUCAAAAAUGAUGGAUACAUUAUUGAAACCACUUCAACUCAUUCGACAUUUCACGACGUUUGCAUUUUAAUUUAUUCCGUUUUGUUAUGCAUUAUUGCGGGCUUUCUUUCUCCUCCUUCUCGUCAUUUUUCCUUUUAUUUUUUUUCUAAUUUUCUUCAAUUUAUUUUAUGAUGUCUUUCCUUGUGCUCUCAGCUUCAACUAAUAUGCGAAACCUAAUUAAACAACUUCCUUAUGAUGCAACAAACAUCAUUCACACUCAUCUCUACGGAUGAAACCGAAAAUAACUAGUCAUUUACUGUAUAGGUCGUUUAACAUAUUUUUCGGCAGAAUAAACAUUUUUGAAUUA